AUGACUUCCAAGUCAGCUUUGCUCAAGGUCAUUCUCUUGGGCGAUGGCGGGGUGGGCAAGUCGUCCCUCAUGAACCGCUACGUCCGCGAUAGGUUCGACUGCAAGCUCUUCCACACCAUCGGUGUGGAGUUCCUUAACAAGGAGCUGGAGGUGGACGGCCAAAGCGUCACGCUGCAGAUCUGGGACACGGCGGGCCAGGAGCGCUUCCGGAGCCUGCGCACGCCCUUCUACCGUGGCUCCGACGGCUGCUUGCUCACGUUCAGUGUGGACGACGCCCACAGCUUCCGCAACCUGGCCAAUUGGAAGAAAGAGUUUGUCUACUACGCCGACCUCAAAGAGCCCCACGCUUUCCCCUUUGUGGUGCUGGGAAACAAAGUGGACGUGGACGAGCGGCAGGUGUCGGCUGAGGAGGCGCGGCGGUGGUGCAGCGACAACGGCGGACUCGCUUACUUCGAGACCAGCGCCAAGGAGGCCACCAACGUGGCGUCAGCCUUCGAGGAGGCAGUUCAUCAGAUCCUCGCGCUGGACGAGCUCGACGAGGACCUCGUCCGCGCCGACACGGUGGACCUCAGCAGUAAGCGCGGCUCGGAUCCCGGCUGCUGCUGA